UCCACUACCCUGUGAUUUCUCUGUGGUAAAAUCGUGUUUAUUAUAGUGAAGAUAAGUUUGAAAGUGUUUUCCUAACUAAACAUUAUACUUUAUCCACCUCUUUAUGUUCUCAGAUGAAAUGAAGAGAAUAAUCCUAGGGUAGCUACAGGUGCAAAAAAAAAAAAAAAGGAAAUGCAAGCAGAAAACCUCACCAUUUGGAGCUUUUUCUUCCUGGAGGGUUUUUCUAAAUACCCAACGUUAGAGAUCGUUCUCUUCGUCUUCAGCCUUGUGAUGUACCUGAUCACCCUCCUGGGAAACAGCACCCUGAUUUUAAUCACCGCCCUAGAUGCGCGCCUUCAAACCCCCAUGUACUUUUUCCUCGGGAACCUCUCUUUCAUGGACAUCUGUUACACGUCUGCUUCUAUUCCCACUUUGCUGGUGAACCUGCUGUCAGCCCAGAAAACCAUUACCUUCUCUGGGUGUGCCGUGCAGAUGUACCUGGCCCUGGCCAUGGGCUCCACCGAGUGCGUGCUCCUGGCCGUGAUGGCGUACGACCGCUGUGUGGCCAUCUGCAACCCACUGAGGUACCCCGUCCUCAUGAGCAGGCAGGCCUGUGUGCAGCUGGCCACGGCGUCCUGGGUGACCGGCUGCCUGACGGCCCUGCUGGAAGCCAGUUUUGCCCUGCGGAUGCCCCUGUGCGGGAACCUCAUCGACCACUUCACCUGUGAGAUCCUGGCGGUGCUGAAGCUGGCCUGCGCCAGUUCCCUGCUCAUGGACAUGACCCUGCUGGUGGUCAGCGUGCUCCUCCUGCCCGUCCCGAUGCUCUUAAUUUGCAUCUCUUACGUCUUCAUCCUGUCCACGAUUCUGAGGAUCAGCUCCGCGGAGGGGAGGAGCAAGGCUUUUUCCACCUGUGGGGCCCACGUGACGGUGGUGAUCCUGUAUUACGGGGCCGCCCUCUCCAUGUACCUAAAGCCCUCUUCCUCAGGCUCCCAACAGACAGAUAAAAUCAUCUCGUUGCUUUAUGGUAUGCUUACCCCUAUGUUGAACCCCAUCAUUUACAGUUUCAGAAACAAGGAGGUCAAAGAUGCUGUGAAAAAACUGCAGGACAAAAUAUCAUGGCAUCAGACACAUGAAAGUCUCUGACUGGGUUCCUUCCGUUUUCACCAGGAGCUCAGCCCUGGCAGGGCUCACAGGGAAAUUCUAGACCACGCACUCACCCUUAGAGCACCGACUGGAUGGCCCGCUCCAGCAUCUUACAGCUGUGGGAUACGGGUGCCCGGAGUCAUUGCCUGGGGGCAACAGUAGGUUCCUUCCUAUCCAUCCCACAAAUAUUUUCUGUAUUUGUGUUUCAUGGCUGUGAGACGUUUUGGGCUGCAGUCAUCACACCUUCGUUCCAGAAAGGAAACUUGAAUAAACUUAGAAUCAGUGAAUGUUAGAGCCGGAAGAAACUUGGACGUCUUCUCUGCCUUCAGUCCUUUCUCAGAUGAGGCGGGAGCCUAAGGAGACAAAGAAAUAACGGGUGAUGCAAGGGAGAAAACGGAAUCAAAGAAAAGUUAAGAGACUGGCUCUAUGUGACACAGGUGCCCUGGCAGCGCAGCCCUCCUUCAGUCUUCUUCCCUGGAGCUUGUGCUGCCACCCAGUGGUGGCUCCCUAAUUCGCCUUUCUUCUCCCAAACUCCCGGCUAAAACUCCCUGACUUCCUGAGUAAGGCAUCCACCGCCUGCUUGAUUUACCCACCGCCAACCUUGCCUUUCUGAGCACAUAGACACUAGGCCGGUGUACCAGCCAUACGUCAAUUGAGACUUUAUGUGUUUGUUUUUCUUCAUUGGAUGAUGGACUUCACAAGGGCAAAGAAUCCUGUAAUUUUGUAUUUUUGGGGGUUUACAAUAGUGAUUCAGUGACCUAAUAAACCUAUCAGCUUUA